AUGCCUCAUAUUCAAGAAUACAAAGAUAAUUAUAAACAGCAAGCAGAUUUAUUAUUUCUACCUGAUGACAAUGGAUACAAGUAUGCAUUGGUAGUUGUAGAUUUAGCAAAUAGAUUAACAGAUGCAGAACCACUUCAAAAUAAAUCAUCAAAUGAUGUUAGAGAUGCAUUUAUCAAGAUUUACAAGAGAGGAAUAUUAAAGCAUCCAAAGAUUAUACAAAUGGAUCCUGGUACAGAGUUUAAAGGUGUAACAAAAAAGUACUUUCAAGAAAAGGGUAUUAUGAUUCGAUAUGGAGUCGUUGGUAGACAUCGUAAUCAAGCAUUGGUUGAAUCUCGAAACAAAACAUUGGGUGGUACUCUAUUUAAAAGAAUGAUGGCUCAAGAAAUAUUAACUGGUCAAGAUUCAAAAGAAUGGAUACAAGAUUUACCUGUUAUUAUCAAGGCAAUGAACAAGAAAUUCAAGAGAAUUAAAAAAGAUAGGAAACCAUUAUCAGACAUGCCAUUAUGUGAAGGAGAUUCAUGUGAAUUAUUGGAUAUAGGAACAAAGGUACGUGUUAAAUUGGAUGAUCCUAUCGAUUAUAAUACUGACAAGCGAUUGAUUGGUAAAUUUAGAGCAACAGAUAUUAAAUGGAAUCCAGAAAUUAAAACUAUUCAAGAUUUGGUAUUGAAACCUUCUUUUCCUCCUCUUUACAAAAUGAAUGAUUCAGAUGUAUGGUAUACCAAGAAUCAAUUACAACUGGUAGACAAUGAUGAAGAGAAACCACCAAGAACUGUUGUUAGAGGAAAACCAACAACAUACAAGGUUUUAAAGAUACAUGAAAAAGACAAAAAGAAUGGUAAAAUCUAUUAUCGUGUUGAAUGGGUUGGUUAUCCAGACAAGAAGGAUUGGACAUGGGAAUCAAGAAUCAAAUUGUAUCAAGAUGUUCCUGAUAUUAUAAAAAGGAUCUUUUAG